GAUUUGGCCCGAGAUCUUUGUUUUUGUUUUUUUUUUUUCCCUCCCUUCUUUCGGGUUUUUAGGUUUUGGUUUUGACGGAGGGGGGUAGGGGUGGUGACGGGAAGGAUUUUAGUUUGGGGUUUUGGAAUUUGAGCUCGUGUCUGGGAAGUUAGGGUUUUUUGGACUUUGGGUUCCGGGACCUCCUGCGAGGCAUCAAAAUUUGAUUUUGGCCACGGAAAUUUGGUGUUUUUGAGGAAUUUGAAACCUAGGAGUGCUGGAUGUUGGGGAUUUUAUACCAAAAAAAAUCCCAAGCGGAGAGCUUCUCGAGUUGGGCUGCUAAAAAAACUGGAUUUCUGGCCCUUUAUCUAAGCUAGGGUUUCGAAAUAACUCAGUCGCAAAUUAGGUGGGUUAAAUCAGCAACAUCAGUGUUUCUAGACAAAUUCCAAUUUUGGAGCUAAGAGAUUUUGCAAAUUUUACUGCUUCUAUGAUUCAAAUGUGCUGCUGAUUUUACUUCUCCAAUCUUAGAUAAGGAAUAACAGUUCCUUGAUUCAAUUCAUGGAGUCCUCUCAACCCUUCUCACCAUCCUCCAAAUCAACUGCUGCCAAGGCCGUGCUCGAGAAGCCUAGACCUGAACCUGUCAACCAGAAGUCUACCAGCUUCGCCGGCGAAGUCAACCCUCAGCAGCCUGCACCGCCUGCGGCGAACCCUGAAGGAUUCAUUGGCCGUCUUGAGGUCUUCAUUCACCAGGCGCGUGACAUCCACAACAUCUGCAUCUACCAGAAGCAAGAUGUUUAUGCCAAGAUCUGCCUCACCAGCCACCCUGAAACAACUGUCUCGACCAAGACAAUCAAUGGUGGAGGGAGGAACCCGGUCUUCAAUGAGAAUCUGCAGCUCAAUGUCCGAACCAUCGAAUCCACUCUCAAAUGUGAGGUCUGGAUGCUGAGUAGGGUGAAGAAUUAUCUUGAGGACCAGCUGUUGGGUAUUGCUCUGGUGCCCCUCUCAGAGGUUGUCGUCGCCAAUGGGAAGUUGGAGAAGGAAUUCUCCCUCUCUUCUACCGAUCUUUUCCACUCACCGGCCGGUUUUGUUCAAUUAUCUCUCUCCUACAUUGGUUCUUCGCCGGAGGUUAUGGCCAUUCCAGCUCCCACGGCCUCUGUGAUUCCGGAUGUUUCCUUGCCAGAUUCGGAGAAGGAUGAUGCAAUCCCUUGCGAGUAUGAGAAAAUCGAGUUCCCUGACUUGAAGAUUGUGAAUGAAAAUCAGCUGAUGGUUUCUGAGUAUUUUGGGAUCCCGUGCACCAAUUUGGAUGCUCAGAGCUCAGAGAGCUUGAUUACUUCGGCGAAUGGCAACUGCCCAGAUGGUGAUGCAGGGGUCCGUGUUGUUGAGAGUUUCUCAACUGACAAUAGUCUUGAUUCUGCUGGAGCUUUGAAAAAUGACACUCCUGUAAGCAGUGUCUCAACAACUGAGUCUCUUGUGGUGCUUCCUACCUCCUCUCAGUCUGUCUCUGAUCCAUCAGCAGCCACAUCAUCUCUGAGCCAGAAAGAGAAGAGUGCAGAGGUUACAGAAGGUGAGGCUGAUUCAACUUCUGGUGGGCAGUCGGACAGUGCAUUUGUGAAGCCUAUUAUCAGCAUAAACAUGGAGCCAGAGCAGACUGUUGAUCAAAAGGACAUUGUUGAUUUAUAUAUGAAAAGCAUGCAGCAGUUCACGGAGUCAUUGGCCAAAAUGAAACUUCCGAUGGAUAUCGAGAGUAGCAGCCCCACCACUGAAAAUGCUAAUGCUGGUUCUGAGAAAAAUUUGCCAGCAGCCAAAGGGACUGGCCCUAGAGUUUUCUAUGGAAGUAGAGCGUUCUUCUGAAGUAAUUCCACUGGAGGAUAUACAGGUGACUCUAGAGUUGGCACUUGUGGUGGUCAGUUAAUUCUAAGUAGUGAAAAAUGAGCAUCCUUUUGUAUGCUGUUUAUGUUUAUCAGAAGAUGAAAGAUAACUUGUACUCACUACAAACUUGCUGUUGUUACUACUUCUACAUGUGUACUCACUACAACUUGCUGUUGUUACUACUUUUAGAUGUAUGUGAUAUGCUUGCUUUCCUUUCCCAUCUGUAUGGAGCUGUCAUAAGGUUCUCAGAUAAUUCUUCUCUUGGUGCUUUUUGUCAUCGAUUA